AUGAACAGAAAGUUUGGCCCAGCUGUGUGUCCGGUCUGUGAUCGUCAUGUGUAUUUUGCAGAAGAAAUACGAGCAAUGGGAAAAUCUUUUCAUAAACUUUGCUUCAGAUGUUUAUGCAACAAGACACUUGACAGCUUUUCGGCCAAUGAUCACGAUGGACAAUUGUUUUGCAGGCCAUGCUAUUCCAAGAAUUUCGGACCCAAGGUUUACAGUUUUAGUUCUACUUCAUCCUUCUUUGGUUUCGUGAAAGGUUCAUCAGGACGACCACAGAAAAAUUAA